GCAGGACUGGCAGGGUGCGGUCUGAAGUGGCAACAGAUCACUGUGGAUCACCCAAUUCCCUUCAAUUCAACUGGAAAGCUGCAGCUUGUCGCAUAUGGAGAAGUCCAGAGCAAGGCAUCGAGCAAAAAGAGCGCACAAGGGGCCGAUGUUCUUCCAGAUACCCUGGUGCACCAGAAAGAGGAGGGCUGAGAAACCACAACACUGCAACUUGGAUGACAGCAGCCGCACUCUCUCUCUUUAACUCUCACACCCACCAAAUCGACUUUGAACCUGUUUGUUUAAAUACACGGACUUUACAGCCUGCACACUUACUGCUGAUUCCGUCAGGCGGCUCAGCGCGGAGUUCCUCUAGUCUGUAGACGUACAAAAAAAAAAAGAAAACUUUUUUGGUAUUCCAAUGGUGCCUCAUGGAGACCAGGGGAUGACCUUAUUUCAUCCAAUAUUUUCAGACGCUGUGCUUUAUUCUUCCCGGACAAAUGGAAACUAAACCGGAGUGGCACUGAAGACAUCUCUCUCUCUCUCCCCCCGGGAGAGUCCUCCCUCCUUCCCCCGGGGCGAUGCGGAUCUCCUUCCUCCUUCUCGCAGCCUCUCUGUGCGCCUCUGUCCUCCUCCUCGCACCUGCUUCGGAGGGCUGCGGGCCGGGGAGGGGAUACGGCAAGAGGCGGCUCCCCAAGAAGCUCAUCCCGCUCGCCUACAAGCAGUUCAGCCCAAACGUGGCCGAAAAGACCCUGGGAGCGAGCGGGCGACCCGAGGGGAAAAUUACGCGCAACUCCGAGCGCUUCAAGGAGCUCACGCCGAACUACAAUACAGACAUAAUCUUUAAAGAUGAGGAGGACACGGGCGCAGACAGGCUUAUGACUCAGCGUUGCAAAGACAAGCUGAACUCUUUGGCCAUCUCUGUGAUGAACAUGUGGCCAGGUGUGAAGCUGAGAGUAACAGAGGGCUGGGAUGAGGAUGGUCAUCACUCAAUCGACUCGCUGCACUAUGAGGGGCGUGCUGUCGACAUCACCACCUCAGACAAGGACAAAAAUAAGUAUGCCAUGUUGGCCCGCCUGGCUGUAGAGGCUGGAUUUGACUGGGUCUACUAUGAGUCUAAAGCCCACGUUCACUGUAGCGUGAAGUCAGAGCACUCAGUGGCAGCCAAAACCGGAGGAUGUUUCCCUGGUGACGCUCAGGUCACCAUUGAAGGUGGGCGCAUCAAACAGAUGCGUGACCUCCUCCCUGGCGACCGUGUCCUUGCGUCCUCCUCAACAGAUGUCCACGCUCCGCUCCUCUACAGCCCUGUUGUGUCUUUUCUGGACCGCCAGCCCAAUGCCACCAGGACCUUCUAUGUUAUCGGGACGGAUGGGGGACGUAACAUCACCCUCACGGCCGCUCACCUGAUCUUUGUCACAGAAUGUCCCAGCAGACUGACUGGGUCGGGGCAGGAAGAAACAUCUCAGGACACAAAGCUUUUUGGUUCCAUUUGGCAGAGGAGGGGACAUGAGGCAGGUAUGAGGACAGUUUUUGCCAGCGAAGUCCAGCCUGGACAGUGUGUCUUUACAUCUUCUGGCAGAUCAAAGUCACAUCCAAGACUCUCAGUUGUGACGUUUGUUGAGGAGCAGACAAGCACUGGGCUAUAUGCCCCGCUCACCCAGCAUGGGUCAGUAGUGGUGAACAGCGUGUUAGCAUCUUGCUACGCCGCCGUGGACAGUCACUAUUUGUCCCACUGGGUCUUGGCUCCUUUGAGACUUAUUUACAGAAUAACAGGACACUCUGAAGUGCAGAACGAUGGGCUGCACUGGUACCCCUGGAUUCUGCAAAGGCUGGGGAAAGUGCUGCUGGGCACUGAACACUUCCACCCUUGGGCCUUUGACCAGUGACAUAAACUUAAGGAGGACAAUAAAUAUCAGACCGAUGGCAUAUUUUAUUCGCUUGCAUGCAGGGGUACAAUAAGGAAAAGCACAACUGUUUUUAGAAGAAGACUGAUCAAAAGUGUAAAUAUAUUUUGUACGUACUCCAAGUGCCUGUAUUUGCUGUACUUCUAUAAAUCUCUUAUGUAUGUCUUUGUGUAAGACAUUAAGGAGGGAAUAAUUUCAAUUGCAUUAACAACUGGAGCUCUUAUUUAGCUAAAACAAGUAUUGUCUCUAAAUUGUUCAAUUCCUUCUGAAAACCCUCACUGUUUGUGUAUAAACAUGAUCCCCAUUUUGGGACACUGAAAGAAGAAGGUCGACGCAAAAAACAUUUGAAGAAUAUUAAGGGGGAGAGUGAGAAAAGAGAAAAGUUUAUAAAGCUGACAAGCUUUUGUAUGUAAAUAGAUAUUUAUACACUUACAACUAUGUAGGAAUAAUGUAAAGGUUUACUUCCAGAAUUAUCUCCUUCAUCGCUCUUUGUAAAAUCUAAGCCUUGUUAUUUCAGGAUUUUUUUUUUAAGUCCACUCAGUGUGAUGUAGAGCAGUAAUACACAAACUGCUAAACAUCUAUAGAAGGCUUAAAUAAAGCCACUAAAUAGCAGGGAAUAAAAGUGCGUAUAAAGCCACGACUUUUUCUCUACAGAUAGUCGUACGGUGAACUUGCUCACCUUAGUUGUUUUCAAGUCUUCCAUCAGCUUUAAAACUACUUGAUCCUUCUCUUAUUCACAUGUUUAUCCACGAUGUUUAUGUUUUUUUUUUUUUAUCAGGCGUAUUUCAUGAAGAGAUAAUUGUUUGAUUAUUGUCUUAGUGUGUCACUUUUCAGGUCAGUAAUAUGACUCAGGCUUUUUUCAACUACUGUAUUAUCAUCUAUGCAUCUCGUUAAAUAUCAGUAAUUAUCACAAUUAGUACAUAGAAAAGAGUUUCUAAUUUAACAAUGCUAAUAUCGGAUUAUGUUUGUACUUCAUCUCUUUUGAAACACCCACAUUGGAGCAGUACUUUUUUUUUUUUAAUCAAUGACAAUAUUAAUUUUAUGGAAGGCUGUAUAGAAAUGUAGAAAUAUCUAAUAUAUAUUUCAGAUUGCCUGAACUGUUUCUGGUGUUGACUUUAAAACGCUUAAUGAAAAGACACAAUGCAAUUAUCUUGUAACUCCAAGGCAUUUUUCGCAGGAAUAUUGUCAAAUAUGUAUAUUAAAGCUAUUGGAUAAACUAUUUAAAGAUCUAUUUUUUAGAAAAAUGUUGUUUGUAUUAUUAUUUUUGGCAACUUUGUAUAUAAAUUUUGUAUUUGACACAUAAAAGUUUUAAAGAACGAAUUGUGUCCUGUCUUGUUUAUUUAUUUUCUCCUUUUUGGAAUGUAAUAAAUUCACAAUCAUGUCUGAUUACUGGGAAAAUAUUUUUUUUUUGUUUGUUUUGUUUUUUGCCUUUUGCCUUUUACAUUUUACGGUCCAAGUGAGAAAAGCGUACACAUUAUACUUGCUCAAACGACAUCCAACGACUGACUAUCUGUUGGUAAAAGGACUUAUUGUUACCAGCACAAUGGAGACAAUGCAUGAAUGACUGUGGUUAAAAGGUGGUCUGCUUGUUGGUUUCAGUACCAAGGACAGCAGCACCAUGUGAAGUUCCACUUUGCUGCUGUGGAUGAUAGGGGCUUGUUUUGUUUUUCUUCUAGGAUGAAGAGUUACUAUUUGAAAACAGCACACUCUGCUGGAACUCCACAUAUUUGCUAUAAAAUGCAGCUACUUGGAAAAUAAUUUAAACCACUUGGACUGUUUCCUUUUUGAUGUACUACCAAAUUUAAUAAAGGAUAACUGUUAUUCUUUCUUGUUGCAAUUUGAAAAUUGAAAAUCUUAAAAGUGUCACAUGCAUCUUUUUACCCUAAUGCCCCUAAGUGAAGUUUUGUGCAUUCAUUUGAUUUCAGAGUUCACCUUAGCUUUACGAUGGGCUUCAUGAAGGCUAAAUCACACUGCAGACAGGUCACAAAUAAAGUUGUUGAGAAGUUUACAGAAGGGUGUACUUUUGCAAGACACAGUAGACCAGUUUGCUUAAAAGAUGACCUAUCAAUAAAUGUGACUAUGAGAUAAAUCAUAUGUUUGUUUUCCUCCUAAACAUGAUUACACUUACUGCAAAGGAAGAUAAAAACAGUAAAGCAGAUUCUAAGUAAUCUUUAUUAUUACUGGUCAUUUAGGUACAGGGAAAAAAAAUAAAAAUAUUUUUGUCAUAUCCCAGACACCACCAUUAGAGACUGAUCCAUAAAGCUGGAGACAGAACCAGACCCAGGUAAAACAUUCCAAUUCAUACACAAAAUUUGAGAACAAAGCAUGACUGUGUGAUUUACCCAAAUAUGAAGGUGGUUAUUCUCACAUUUGAGAAUUUUUUAUUUUUUUCAAAUACACAUUGAAAAAAAAAUUCACAUCCACAGUGGCUAAAUACUGAAAAGCAUUUAAAAAAAUCUGUGCACCUGAGUCUGGUUGUAUUAACUUUAUCUCUAUGAGUCCUGCCUCCCUUAUAAUUAACUCUGCUUUGGACCACGAUACCUAGAAACAUUUUGAGGCACGGCAGAUGGGGAAAAAAAAAAAAA